CACCGGCGGCUCAGUGUUACUUAAGCAACUUUCACAGCUUAUGUCACCGCUCGAAGAUCAUAACAUCUUCAGAUAAACUCACCGGAACGGAAAAGAAAACUCAUGGCUCUCAGAAGUGGGCUCAGUCGUCUGCUCUCCAGCAGUCAAAGAUGUGCUGCUGUCACAGCGUCCAGAGCACAGGGCACCACUGCUGCAGCUCACGCAGAUGUGGAAGAAGUCAAGAAACCAACAAAAGCAGCCAAGGUGUCAUUCAACUGGCGGGACGCUCUGAAUCUGGAGGCUCAGCUGACAGAGGAGGAGAUCAUGAUCCGCGACUCCUUCCGCGACUACUGCCAGGAAAAACUCAUGCCUCGCAUCGUCAUGGCCAACAGACACGAACAUUUCCACCGUGAGAUUGUCUCAGAGAUGGGAGAGCUGGGCAUCCUAGGCCCAACCAUUAAAGGAUAUGGCUGUGCUGGCACCAGCUAUGUGGCGUAUGGUUUGAUUGCCAGAGAAGUUGAGAGAGUGGACAGUGGCUAUCGCUCGGUCAUGAGUGUCCAGUCUUCGCUGGUUAUGCACCCCAUCAAUGCUUAUGGCACGGAGGCUCAGAAGGAGAAGUACCUGCCCAGGCUCGCUCGUGGAGAAAUCCUUGGUUGUUUUGGCCUGACGGAGCCUAACCACGGCAGUGAUCCCAGCAGCAUGGAGACCAAGGCCAAGUACAAUCAAUCCAGCGAUACCUACACUAUCAGUGGAGCCAAGACCUGGAUCACAAAUUCCCCCGUGGCAGAUAUUGCAGUGGUGUGGGCCAAGUGUGAAGAUGGCAGGGUGAGGGGUUUCAUCCUGGAGCGUGGAAUGAAGGGUUUUGCUACCCCAAAGAUUGAGGGCAAGUUCUCACUGAGAGCGUCUGCCACUGGUAUGAUCCUGAUGGAUGAAGUGGAGGUUCCACAGGAGAACCUGCUCCCAAAUGUCUCUGGUCUAGCUGGUCCCUUUGGAUGUCUCAACAAUGCCCGUUAUGGCAUUGCCUGGGGAGCUUUGGGAGCAGCUGAAUUCUGCUUCCAUGCUGCUCGACAGUACACUCUGGACAGAAUUCAGUUUGGCGUGCCACUGGCCAGAAACCAGCUGAUGCAGAAGAAGAUGGCUGACAUGCUGACGGAGAUCACGAUUGGUCUGCAGUCAUGUCUGACGCUGGGCAGACUUAUUGAUGAGAAGAAAGCAGCACCAGACAUGAUCUCCAUGCUGAAGAGGAAUAGCUGUGGCAAGGCAUUGGAUAUUGCCAGACAAGCCAGAGAUAUGUUGGGAGGAAAUGGCAUCGCUGAUGAAUACCACAUUAUCCGUCACGUGAUGAACCUGGAGGCUGUCAACACAUAUGAGGGAACACACGACAUUCACGCCUUGAUCCUAGGCAGAGCCAUCACUGGAUUGCAGUCGUUCACUGUUGAAAAUUAACAUUUUUCCCCACUGUCUUGUUGUAAUGGUACUCUAUGGUGGAACAAAGCUGUGCUAUCUGUUCAACUCCCCACGGUAAACAUGGCAUCACUGAGGAGCUUUGCCAGUUGGGAUGCCACUGUUACAAAUCCCUCAUCACAUCUACACUGUUUGUAUAAACUAAAAAAGGGAGACAUCUUUUGCUGCUUUUUUCAAUAUAAUGUGAAAAUGGAUCAUCAACUGAACAGCACAGGGUCCAACUAAGACGUGACACAUGUGUAUAGUUAUGUACUUAAAAUAUAAUCAAAAUUUCGACAUAAUGCAUGUAAAAAGUCGCGGUGCUGCGAGAUGAUUUUUUUUUUUUUCCACCACUGAACAGUUUGUAAAUAAACGGUCUGAAUGAGUGCUGAGAUAGUUCUUAAGAUUGUCAUGAUUUGUUAAUAAGUCAUAUAAAUAAAGGGUGAACAGGUUAUUUGAUCUUUAUUGGUUCUUCAAUAUUUGAAAUGUAUAAAUAAAACACGGAAUGAAAUUUG